GUUCAGAACCAGAACUUUGUUGCAGUUCCUGUUUUCAAAAAUGUUAUCAGAAGUAAAUUGCCUAUACAUGACCAUACAUCACAGUCUGAACAGCACAAGUUGCUUGUAUACCCGAUACAUAUUUGAUGUUUUCAAAUGCUCUCUACUGCGGGACACUUUCAGGUCAUGAUGAAGAGCCAGGUAGCACUCCUUUAUGUUCUGAUCAUUGUGAGUGAAGGAUCAGCCCAAAGCCUGAAUCCCCGCCGGAGCGUUUUCUUCUCAGAUGUUAACCUGAAGCUGUUUAAGGAGCCUGACUUKARCGGUUUGAGYUCCAUGCUGGUGAGAGAAGACAUCGGUCUGCUCUUCAUCGGAGCCAGAGGAAAGGUCAUCACGCUCAGUUUGGAUGACAUCACCAAGAAGACCAGCGAGACUGAAUGGAUGGUGACGUCUGGAGAAAAAUCUGAGUGUAUAGUUAAAGGCAAGAGAAUAGAGGAAUGUGAAAACUACAUCACAACACUGCAUACUCUGAAUGAUGGCAGAAUCUUCACGUGUGGAACCCGUGCAUUCAAACCUCUCUGCACACACCUGUUGUUCGAAGGAGGAAAUGUCACCAUGGAAACCAGAACUCAGGAAGGCAGGGGGAGAGCUCCCUUUAGUCCCCAUGAACACUUUGCCACAAUGAUGGAUGAAAACACAUUAUAUUCGGCUGGUUCUGUAGACUUCAUGGGAAAAAGAAAGAUUUUCCUGAAAACCGGACAAAAUUAUCUCUCUACUGAAGAAAAAAUAUCUUGGUUCAAUGACCCCAUCAUGAUUUCCAUAUACGUUGCUGAAAUCAGCAAAAGUUCAGAGAACAAAGACGAUGACAAUUUGUUCGUGUUCUUCACUGAGACUGCUGUGGAGGAACGACGCAGCAACCUGCGUUUGUCGAGAAUUGCACGAGUGUGUAAAAGUGACUUGGGAGGCUCCUCAGUUUUGGACAAAAAAUGGACUUCUUUCCUGAAAGCCCGUYUGGACUGCCCGUUUGGAGACACAGGUUCACUUUCUCUGGUGCAGGACGUCUUUCUCCUCAAAGAUGAAAAUAAUGCGACAGAGAACCUCUUCUACGCAACAUUCACCUCUAGCCCGGAGCCAUCUAGUUCCUGCAGUCAGUCCGCUGUCUGUGCCUACAAGGUGUCAGACAUCCAGCAAGUUUUCAGGGGGAAGCUUYUGGAUGAGAUAAUUCCUGGAGGUUGGGUGAAGGACAAGGGAAAAGAGAGCUUCGCCUACCCUCGUUCAUGUAUUAAUGAUGAAAUGCGAGCCAAAGGUGUGAAGACCUCUUUAGACAUCUCAGAAAAAGCCCUUCGGUUUGCGAUGAACCACCCUCUGAUGGAGAGAGCGGUGAGCCCGAUCACUGGGAGGCCCCUGCUGGUCCGGUCUGCAGCCCAGUUCUCCAGAAUCAUUGUUGACAAAGUAACCUCUCUGGAUGGACAGCAGCAUAACAUCAUGCUUAUUAGCAACAACUCUGGUUGGCUGCAGAAGGUGGUGUGGUCUGAUAAUGAUGGAGGGCGAAUCAUUGAGGAGUUGCAGCUGUUUCAGGAUCCUCAGCCCAUUCGCUUCCUCCAGCUCUCCUCUAGAAGCGGUCAGCUGUACAGCGCAACUAGAACUGCUGUUGCUCAGCUCAGUUUGAGGGACUGCAGCCGCUACACAUCUUGUGAUGACUGCCUUUUAGCCAGAGAUCCAUACUGCGGCUGGGACCRUCUCAGAGGCCUGUGUGCUGCUGUUGCUGGUGCUUCAAAGUCCUCCAUGWUCCAGAACMUCRYWGAUGGURAUGUUGGAAUUUGCCCAAGYUUUAAWUUGUCAAAGCAGAUUACUGACAUCCACCUCACAGUUGACAUCGCACAGUUCCUCCCCUGCUCCCCUGAUACCAAUCUCCCCAUCAGCUGGAGCUUCUCUGGUCACAUCCUUGAGCCCGGUCCCCGACACAUUCUGCUCAGCCAGGGACUCGUUUUAACACCUUCCUCUGCUGAUGUAGGCCUUUACACCUGUGAGACAGUGGAAGUAGUUAAAGGCAGAGAGCACAGGAAGGCGGUGAUCCAGUACAACGUUAAGAUUUCACUGGGUGGGGUAAACUGGAUUCAGGCUCUAUUUUCCUUCAUUUUAGCUUUUGUUUGUGUGCUGUGUUUAAUCGUCAUCAGCUACUUAUGCUGGAAGCAGAAAACUCGAAACCAUGUUGGCAGUACCAGUGUGAGUGAUGCUAGCACUGAGAAACCAAAGGUAAAGACAGGGUCCUACCACUACCAACUAGGGUAGAAGAGACAGAAAAAUCUACAGACGGAUUUAUAAUUAGAUAACAGAACAACCCACUUCUGUUACACUUUGUGCAUCAUUGCCACCAACUCUGUAAAAAUAAAUUACGAAAAUGAUUGAA